AUGUGCUCGCGCGAGCUCCCGCCCGAGCCUCCAGCUCGGUGUCCCACUGCUGCGGAGCCGAUCGCUUCUCCUCGGCGCUCGCGUCGAGCCGAGCUCUCGGCACUCUACGGCGGGCGUCGCUGUGCGGGGCGCCCGUUUCCUGCUGGCCCGAGCGGAAAGCUCCACGUGCCCGCGCGAGCUCCCGGCCGAGCCUCCAGCUCGGUGUCCCACUGCUGA